CUCAUUCUUAUUUUCUUCUGUUAUUACCCCUUUAUUAAUUUAAAGUUGGUACCUUCCUAUUGAAAUGGUCAAAAAUAUUAGUAUGUUGGCUAUUUUUUUUAUGAUUAAUUUAUUUAGAUGUAUUUAUCCUAUGUAUUUGGAACAACAAUAUUUGCAUUGCUGUGAACAAAUGGUUGCACAGAGAUUAAUGUGGAAUAAUAACACCAUCACCAAUGGUUGGUAUGAAACAAUUUGGAGAAUAAAUUUAAAAACCUUGACAAAUCCAAUUUUUACUUAUGUAAUACAAUGGAGAAGUGAUUUAGAUAAUUUAGUAAGAAUAAAUAAAAUCAACCCACUCGAUUUUUGUCAGGCCUACGCAAAUACAUCAAAUAAUAUGGAAUUGGCGAAUGUGAAACUAUAUAUUACUUGCUGUGGACAAAUGAUGGCAAAGGCAUUAAUGAAGAACAGUUAUGAUAUCCAGUAUGAAUGGAAUCAAAGAAUUUUUAAAAUAGAUCCAAUAAAAUUGGGGAAUCCAAUUUUUUCUUAUGUACUACAAUGGAAAAGUGGUAUAGAUAAUAUAGUAAAAAGAGGACAAUUUAACCCAAAAGAUUAUUGUGAGCUUUACAGUUAUACAUCAAAUAAUAUGGAAAUAGUGAAUGAACAACAAUAUUUUCAUUGCUGUGAACAAAUGGUUGCACAGAAUUUAAUGACCGAAGGUUGUAAUGCAUACACUAAUGGAUGGAAAAUGAUAAUUAAGAAAAAAGACGAUCUAAAUGGUUUGGAGAAUCCAGUUUUAUCUUUUAUAAAGCAAUGGAAAGAAACAACCCCUGAUAACUUUGUAAAAAGAAAUAAUUGCAACCCGAAAGAUUAUUGUGUUGUGUACGGAAGUGCGUCAGAUAAAUUGGAAUUAUGGGAUGUGCAACUAUAUAAUCAUUGCUGUGAACAAAUGGUUGCACAGAAUUUAAUGACGAACCAUAAGGUCGUGGAUACCUGGAAUGAAAUAGUUUUAAAAAUAGAUCCAAAUGGUUUGGAGAAUCCAAUUUUUUCUUAUGUACUACAAUGGCAAAGUAGUAUAGAUACUUUUGUAAAAAGGAAACACUACAACCCAAAAGAGUAUUGUGAGCUUUACGAUUAUACAUCAAAUAAAAAGGAAAUAGUGAAUGAACAACAAUAUUUGCAUUGCCGUGAACAAAUGGUUGCACAGAAUUUAAUGAAACUAACAGUGACAGAGAACUCAAUGAUUUAUGACGAGAUCGAGGAUAACUGGAAGGAAACAGUCUUGAAAAUAGAUCCAAAUUGUUUGGAGAAUCCAGUUUCUUCUUUUAUACAGCAAUGGCAAGAUUUAUACCUUUCCUUUGUAAAAAGAAAUAAUUGCAACCCAAAAGAUUAUUGUAUUUUGUACGGAAGUAUAUCAGAUAAACUGGAAUUAUGGGAUGAUGGUAUGCAAUCAUUAGGUAUUACCGAUGCUAUGUCAUCAUUAGUCAUUGACUAUUUAGAACUGUCACAAAAGAGGUGUGGUUGAAAAGGGCGAAUGUAAUUUCUUACACGAGAGUAGCAGGUACAAAAAAUACAUACGUUAGUUCCUACACGAUAGAAAAGGGUACAUAUUUGAUAUGUAACAAUUACAUACGUUCUUACACGGUAAAAACCAGGUACGUAUGUUAAUUCCUACACGGCGGAAAAAGGUACAUAUUAUUGUUAU